GUUCAAUCUAAUAUAAUCCCAUUCAUAAUAUCAAGCAAGCCCAUCAUAUCUCAACAUGACUUCGCUGGCGAAGAAAUGGCCCUCGAGAGAAGGAUUCUCGGCCGACGUCCUAUCCCACGUCCUCCACCAUACCAUCCUCAGUCCCUGGAAGAUCCUCCCCAUCCUAGCCCUAGCCCAAUACACCACCAAAGGCCGUGAACUCGUCGAAUCACGCCCCCAACUCCUCAAAGCACUCAGAGCACUAGCCUCGAUCGCAGUCAUCUCCCGUCUCAGUUCCUGGCUCGACCGCCGCACCGUCAACAACGGCGUCACCGACCACUACGACUGGAACCGCGAAAUCAUCGUCCUAACAGGUGGCAGCGGCGGCAUCGGCCAACGUAUCGCACAACUCCUCGGGUCGCGGGGUAUCAAAGUCGCGAUCCUAGAUAUCACAGCUCCAACAACCCCACUGCCCAACAGCGUACGCUUCUACGAGUGCAACAUCACAUCUCCACCCGCCAUCGCCGAAGCAGCGACCAAAAUCCGCGCCUCAUUCGGUCGUCCCACGAUUCUGAUUAACAAUGCCGGUAUUCUGACCGGGAAAACCAUCCUCGGCACUAGCGAGGCUACGACACGGCGCAUGUUCGACGUGAAUACCCUCGCGCACUACUGGCUCGCGCAGGAAUUCCUGCCGGACAUGAUCUCCUCCAACCACGGGAUGAUCGUGACGGUCGCCUCGCAAGCCGGUUACACCGUCACGCCGAAUAUGGUCGAUUACUCUGCGUCAAAGGCGGCGGCGAUCGCGUUCCACGAGGGUCUGGCUGCGGAAUUGGUGACGAGGUACCAGGCCCCCCGUGUGCGGACGGUGCUCGUUACGCAGGGAUUCACGCGGACGGCGCUGAUUGCGAAUCUGACACCCGAGGAUACCUUUGUUAACCCUUUGCUGUGGCCGGAGACGGUGGCGGAGAAGGUUGUGGAGCAGGUUUUGAAGGGGGAGAGUGGGCAUGUGCUUGUCCCCGGUGUGGCGGGGAGUAUUGCGCAGAGGUUGAGGGGGUAUCCGCUUUGGUUCCAGCAUUCAUUGCGGUGUCGGUUGGAGAGGUUGAUGAGAGCGGAGUAGAAGGUUUUGAUGAUUUUUGGUGUGGAGUAUCAGUCUUUUGGCUGAUGUGGAUUGGGGUUCUUAUGGGCUCCGUUAGGGUAUAUCAAGUGAAGACAGACCGGGCUUUCUUCUAAUUAUAAGUGUUAUUUGUGCUGACGAUAUCGAUUUCGGUGUUUGUGUUGAUUUACCCGUCUGAUCAGUCUAGAGAUUGAAGCCUGCUAGGUUCCGUUCUUGC